AUGUCAAAUAUCGACUUAUCGGAUGGUCUUUUGGUCGACUAUGAAAGAACCUAUCUACAUCAAUGGCCGGUAGACCAAAACAUAACAGAGGAAACCCACGAUCUCUCGACGCUACCGCCGCUACAAACCAGCGGUCACCCACUUGAACAAUCGGUGGCCCAAGACCCGAGCCUGAUGGUCGAUUGGCACUAUCAACAUUUGCACACCCCUCACCCACAUCAUCAAUUACCAUAUUCGACCGAGGACCCAUCCUCUGUGCCCCAGUUUACUACUAGCUAUGGAAUGGUCCUUCAGUCCUCCCCAGUGGAUCUCAUGGCCGGUCAGGGCCAUAUGAGUGCUGGUCUGCUCGAUGCUCCCUACCUUUCCAUGCCAAGUCAGGUUGAUAUGGUGCCUUAUGCUUAUCAUGACUUUCACUCUGAUCUGAUGCCGGUGUUAAAUGGUCUUUCCGACGUCUCUUACGCCCCGCACCCAGUUCUAGAUAGUAGUUCGCCUACAGAUACUUAUCUCGAGGUCCGUUCCCUCUCUAGCAGUGAUAACGGAUGGACUACUGUCGACCACCGACGCUCACUCGAUUUCACCUUCCCGGAGCAAGGUGUCUUUGUUAACCCUACUCAGACCCUUCACGACCGAAGUCUCUCCGAGUCUUCCUACUCUGGUUCUUACGGCAGCUUUGUUGAUAUUUCCAACCCGAUCAGUUCGCCUGGAUCAGAUCAUUUAGAUUAUUCUUACCACAGCUGUAACUUGCGGUACGCUAGUACCUCCCCGCCCAGCAACGCUAUCAUGCGUUGCGAGGACCACUCAUCCUCCACUGGUUCUCGAUCACCCUCUGCGGUUAGUCCCAGCGUCAUGGUGCGCCCUAUCCCAGUUCCGAUCAAAAAGUCUACGACACCGACUCGCUCAUCGGGAUCACAUUCGUCAGCAUCUCCUCCCAGUCGGAAAUCGAGGAAGAGCCCCAUCGCUGCCAAGACCUCAGAGACCAAGGUUCGCAAGUCAUCGCAGAACGGUAAGCCGGAGACGACCGAGAAGCGCGUCGGCAAGCGAAAAGGCCCUCUGAAGCCCGACCAGCGGAAGCAAGCGAGUGAGAUCCGGAAGCUGCGCGCUUGCUUGCGCUGCAAGUUCCUUAAGAAGACUUGUGAUAAGGGUGAGCCAUGUGCUGGAUGCCAGCCAUCGCACGCUCGGCUAUGGCAGGUCCCUUGUACUCGCAUCGAUAUUAAAGAGAUUGGAUAUUUCAUGAAGGACUGGAAGGCCGAUUACGAGCGCCACAUCUCCAUGGGUUUCUCGGUCGGUAACAUCAAGGGCUUCUCGGACCAAGAACGUACCUUGUAUAUCACCCACGGCUAUGGACAAAUCAUGCCCAUCAGAGCCCGCGAGGUGUACGUACGGGAUGAACAGUGCUUCACGAUUGACUGGGUCGAGUCUAUGCACCGCGAGCCAACACAAUACGAAGUCGAGACUGCCAAACUCUCCGCUGGCAUGGAGGGUAUCUCGCAUGCUAUGCUUUCCGAGUACCUAGACUGCCAUAUUGACGGGAACGGUACUUUUGAGAAAUUUGUCGAUGACUAUUUCGAAGGCACCCCGUUCCUCACCCAGAUGCUCAAGACUGCAUUCCGUUAUUACUACCGCACUAAGCUCCCGGUGAUCCGAAAAGCGCUGAAGUUGGUUGUCGCCUACAACCUGACUCUGCAUGUCACCAUGAUCGAGGGCCUGGGCGACGAGGAUAGCUUCCGAGGGAAGAUCAAUGAUCAAUCAUCCAAGUUCCGAGGCAAGACCAUGGCACCCGUCAUGAUUAACUUCCAGAUCAAGUGUGCCAUGGCUAGCAUGUGGCGUGAACUCCAGAAGGAUGUGCUGGAGGAGCUAUCUUCGCUCUACUCGAGUGUGUACAGUGGUGAGAAGCUGAAGAACUGGCCUACCAUUUUCAUCCUAGCCUCCAUUCUCUUGGCCGUAUGGGAGGAGAUGCAGUUUGACAGCCAUUACCGUACACCGGACCAAGCCGCGGUUGACAAGUUCUGCACUGAUAUGGAGACGACCCCUGUGGGUGUCAUCGUCGGACUGUUCCAGGCCAUCUCACAGAAGUUGCCUCCAUUCACAGAGUGGGAUUCACAGAAACAUCACCAACUACUAUACUCCAAUCCCGACGUCUGUAACACAAUGACCGAGGUCCGACAACAUGUUGAACAACAUGAAAAAUACCUCCGUAGCCGCACCGCUACUAAAUUCAACCGCCAUGACUUCGACUGCCUGUCCAACAAAUUUGUUUCCCGUCUUGUUAUUCGAGCCAACUAA